UGGCGACCAUCAAAUCAGCAUGAAGCUACUACUGUCGAUCUUUCUCGCGAUCCUGACCUGGGAGCAGGUAGUUAAUGGCUACCGGAUUCUGGGAUUGUUCCCAUUACACGGCAAAAGUCACUGGGUCAUGCAGGAGGAAUUGAUGAAGGGCUUGGCGAAACGGGGUCAUCAGGUGGACGUGAUUACGCAUUUUCCGCUGAAGAAACCGAUACCCAAUUACACGGACAUUAGCCUGGCCGGCAGUAUGCCGCAAGUUAUGAACAAUCUUUCAUAUGAAGAUAUCAAAGGAUUCGCCAACACGAACAUGGCCAAGUUGGCUUUCAUGGGAAAUUCGCUUUGCGAGCUGAUGGAUCAUCCGAAGUUGCGACAAUUGAUCGAGAAUCCGCCGCAAGAUCCUCCUUACGACGUCCUCGUUACAGAGCUGUUCAUAUCGCCGUGUUAUCUGGCCUUCGCUCGUCAUCUCAAAGUCCCGGUGGUCGGCACGGUCGCCAGCGUUUUCCACGACUGGCUAAACGAGGUGUCCGGCAACCCGUCGAAUUUCGCCUACGUCCCGAGCAUGUUCUCGAUGUUCACUCAACAGAUGACCUUCAAGGAGCGACUGAUAAACUUCCUGUUGUCGAACUACAUCUCCGCGCAAAUGCAUUAUUACACGAAUGUGCAACUGGAAUACGUGAAGAAACACUUUGGCAGAGACGUGUCGAAUAUCAAGGAACUGUACAAAGACGUAUCUUUGUAUCUCGUCAAUACCCAUCACUCGUUACACGGAAUUAGGUCAAUGACGACUAAUGUGAUCGAGGUCGGCGGUUUGCAUCUCAAGGACGACGACCCGCCGUCGCCGGAAGUGCAAAAAUGGUUGGACGAAAGCAAGGACGGCUGCAUUUACUUUACGUUCGGUUCCAUGGUGAGGAUCGAAACUUUCUCUAAAGAAUUGGUCCAACAGAUGUACAAUGCUUUCGAGAAGAUCGCCCCGGUUCGCGUGCUGAUGAAAGUCGCGAAGAAAGAAGAUCUGUUGCCAGGAUUACCGAAGAAUGUCAUGACGCAGUCUUGGUUUCCCCAGACCCAGCACAAAAACAUACGCGCUUUCAUUACGCACGGCGGCGGUAUGGGAACACAAGAGGCGAUCUAUUGCGGAGUGCCUAUGAUAGGUAUCCCCUUGUUCGGCGAUCAGAGCAUCAAUAUUGAAAAUUACGUCAACAAGAAGGCGGCUAUCUCGCUCGGGUCAAUACAUGAGGUUACAGAGGAGAAAUUAACUUCGGCAUUAAAUAAGAUCUUGAAGGAUCCCACCUAUCGCGAGAAUGCACAGGAGCUGUCAAGGAAGUUCCUCGAUCGACCGACAAGCGCCUUGAACACGUCCAUAUUUUGGGUAGAAUACGUCGCAAAAUACGGAAACGUGCUUCAAUCACCGGCCCUUAAUCUCAACUGUUGGCAACGCAACCUCCUGGACGUUUACGCCUUUAUAUUUGCCGUCGUCGUUUCUGCACUUGGCAUUGUGCUAUUUGUCCUAUGCAAAUUGAAGAACCUUUUGUUUGGAUCGCGAAAGAAGAAGGACAGCGCAGCCGCCAAGUCGAAGAAGAACAAGUGAAGAAACUUUCUAGAUGUUAUUCCAUUUUUUUUCACCUUCAUCGGGAUUCGCGUUUUUUCCGGAAGUAUUAUUAUCGUCAACCUGAUAUUUUCCCGAAAAAUGCGAGCUUUAUUCGGGAGCCGACGCUGUUGAGAGCAUCAGCAUCUCUCGCGUUAGAUGCUGUAUACCGAACAUAUUUGAAUAAAAUAUAUUUUUAAUUAAUUACA